AUGUCGUCGGUUAAGCGUAAGUGCAAAACGUUGACACACGAUGAAAAAAGAAGAGUUAUUAAGGCAGUUGACGAAGGAUUAAAGAAAAAAAGUGAAAUCGCUAAGGAGUUCGGAAUUCCGCCUAACACUUUAUCAACAAUUAUGAAAAACCGGGAAAAGUAUGAGGCUGAAGGUGGACUAACCAAUAAGAAGAGAUGUAAAAGCGGUGAGUUUAAAGACGUGGACGAAUGUGUUUUAACGUGGUUGAAACAGUGUCGAGAUAAGAACAUCCCUGUAUCAGGACCGAUUUUGCAAGAGAAGGCCAUUCAAUAUGCAGAGAGCUUAGGAAAGAAAGACUUCCGCGCCAGCAACGGAUGGUUGCACAACUUCAAAAAAAGAAACGAAAUUAUUUUCAGAAAGGUUUGUGGAGAAAGUGCUUCUGUGAACUCCAAUGUGUGUGACGAAUGGAAAACAGAACUAAAAAAACUGACUGAGUCAUAUUUGCCAGAAAACAUUUACAAUGCCGACGAAACUGGCCUUUUUUUUAAGUGUCUGCCAGACAGAACCCUGUCUUUUUAA